AAAAGAUAAUAGAUCAGAAGAUCCCCCUCCCUCCCUUCUCUAGGAAAAAAACCCAGCGCAUUCCCCCUUCUUCUCCACUCAUACUCUCACACAGACUCCCCUCCUCACACACAUAAUUGAUUCAUACUUUACUCAUCUGUACAUCUAGAAGAAGAAAAAAUUCCGAAAGAAAACCAGAUCUGAAAACUAAAAAAAAAAUGCGUUGGAAGAACAAAGAAGAACAUUUUUCUAUCUGCGAAAAUCUUCACGUUCUCUUUUUCGGGUUGUUUCAAAAAUUGUGACAUGAUUUAAAAUGGAUACUCCGGUUACCCAUAUUAGCAAAAACAAAAAACAAAACGAAAGUUUGUUGCUGAUGGCAUCUUCUUUGCGGAUCUUAACGGAGUGUUGACGCGUGAAGUGUUGGGGAUUUUGCUUUGCUCGCUGCUGUCUCUGUACCGGAAUUUGUACAAGAUGCUCUCCUUAGCUAAGAGCUAAGAGAUCUGGGAAAAUUUAAAGCAUUCAGAUUCACUUCCGUCUUACGGCUUUAUAAUUUGAUGGAGCUGGAGGAUAGCAUUUUAGAUUUCUCUGAUGAAGAGGAGGGCUUCGAGGAUGAUGAUGUUAAAAUGAAUGAUAUUGAGGAAGGAGAAUUGGUUGAGAGGAUUUCUAAGACUGGAUUAGAGGAAAGUGGUGAUGCAUGUGCUAGUUUGACCAAUCCCGUUUCAAGCAAUAAAAAUCAGAGACCCAAGAAAAACAAGAGGAAGAACAAGCGUAAGAGAAGUUCUUCGGGUCCAAAGGUCACAGAUAUUAACAGAUUUGUAUUGGAUGUCUGUAAACGCUUGAGAGAGCGGAAAUCUUAUCUCAUAUGGACUGCGGUUGGUUGCCUUGGAGUAUCUGCUUUGAGUGAUCUGGUCAAAGAGGUGGAUGCAAUUCAGAAUUGUGGUGGCCAGAAGACUGCUGAUGGCAGGCGUUUCCGAACAGGCGGUGGGAUAUUAUGGAGCAUCCUUAAAGUGCGAGAUCCAAAUGCAUACAAAGAGAUAAUGAAGAAAGGGCAGGAGUUUGAGAAGCAAUUUAAGCAGGCUAAGCUCAAGCAAGAACCACUCCCAAAUAAUGAAGCUUCUUUCGAGAGAUCUAGCCAGACCACUGUGGGAGACAAAACUACACCCACUUCUAAAGAUGUGUUGCUGCAACAAGUUCAGCAGUCAAAUAGUGGAGCCAAACGUGCAUCUGUUCAUGACAGAAUAAGGGUGCCCAUCACGUAUGAUGAUAUAUUUGAAGGAAUUGAUGAAGGAAGGGAAUCAAGGGAUUCGUUGGCUUAAUACCUUUUGAAAAAUCGCUCAUAUGAUAUGGUGGAAUGAGGCGAUCUGAAAGAUAUAUAAAACUCAAUGCAAGUGGCAUAUGACGAUCAGCUUAGACUAGGGGAUUGAAAUGAAUCAACUUGAUUUUUGAUGGUCUUCUAUGGGGUUUCAAGUUGAAUUUCACUUGUGAACUCCUAGAUCCCGUGGAACUGUUCCCUUCCAUUUUGUUCAUUCUUAUUCAGAGUAAAUACAUAUCUUUGUUGUGGCCCGAAAUUGUUCCAAAUCAAAUUUACACUUUGAAAUUGCUUAUAAGAAUGGAAAGAAGUCGUUGCUUGAUAGCAUUAAGGAUUGAUUUUGUCUGUAAAUUCUUUUGCAUGAAACUUGUGAAAUCAUGGCUGUAAGUGUUGCCUGGUGCCUGAGACACUUGUGUAGUGUUGAUAACCAAGUAAUAAUAUGAUGAACAAUGAUCAA